AAUGUGUGAUUCAAUCUCUGUGUCGAAAUGGGGUGGUUUGAUUUUGUAUUAUUAGGCGCAGAUGGCAGAAAGGUUUUCAAAAGGAAAGAAAGCGAUGCAGGCGAAGCAGGUAGAGCAUUGGAAGAGCUCAGGAGUUCCCUCUACAAUGAGCUUAGAACUUCAGAAGGAGCCAAGCGGCAACAGCAGCGAUUUUGUGGUCCCGUGGUGGCUAUGUCCUUCAAUUUCUUGGUUUCUGUUGGGAUUAUACUGACCAACAAAUUUGUGAUGGGGAGAGUUGGAUUCAAUUUCCCCAUUUUCCUAACUUUUAUACAUUACUCCAUAGCGUGGAUCUUCCUAGCAUUUUUCAAGACAAUGUCGUUGCUUCCGGUUUCGCCUCCCUCGAAAACUACGCCUUUCUCCUCCCUGUUCUCUUUGGGAGCUAUAAUGGCUUUUGCCUCUGGCCUUGCCAAUACCAGCCUAAAGUUUAACAGUGUUGGUUUCUACCAAAUGGCGAAAAUCGCAGUCACUCCGACCAUUGUUCUAGCAGAUUUCAUUCUCUCCGGGAAAUCCAUUUCGUUGAAAAAGGUUUUGGCACUAGCAGUUGUCUCCGCAGGCGUAGCGGUAGCCACCGUAACAGAUUUAGAGUUCAAUGCUUUCGGUGCUUGUAUCGCCGUUGCAUGGAUAAUCCCUAGUGCCAUAAACAAAAUUCUCUGGUCUAACUUACAACAACAAGCCAACUGGACUGCCCUCGCGCUAAUGUGGAAGACAACCCCAAUCACAGUACUAUUUUUACUAGCCUUGAUGCCAUGGUUGGAUCCACCAGGAGUGUUGUUAUUCAAAUGGGAUGUAGACAACUCAACAGCGGUUCUCAUAUCGGCUUUACUCGGGUUCCUCUUACAAUGGUCUGGUGCUCUGGCUCUAGGAGCAACAUCUGCAACCUCUCAUGUGGUCCUGGGGCAAUUCAAGACAUGUGUGAUUCUUGUGGGGGGAUAUAUACUUUUCGAUUCCGACCCGGGGCUUGUUAGCCUGUGUGGAGCUGUUGCUGCUUUGUGUGGAAUGUCAGUUUAUACAUCACUCAACUUGAAAGACUUAAAUCAAAGUUCAGGCAAGCAGCUCCCAAUGCAAACUUCCCCACGAAAGUCUAAAACCAGUGAAAAUGGCAGUGAAGGCUCAACAGUAACAAAUGCUACUGGUGCUGUGUAAACUUAUAGGAACAAUAACAACCAUUGCUGUUAUAAUUUUAUACAAUUUCACAUUGUAUAAACAAGGAAACAAUGACUAAAAACAAGUUUA